AUGGGGGACUGGAGCCUGCUGGGGCGGCUGCUGGAGAGAGCCCAGGAGCACUCCACAGUGGUGGGAAAGGUCUGGCUCACCGUCCUCUUUGUCUUCCGCAUCCUGGUGUUGGGGGCAGCCGCCGAGCGCGUCUGGGGCGAUGAGCUGUCUGGUUUCUCCUGUGACACGCAGCAGCCUGGCUGCCAGAAUGCCUGCUAUGACAGCACCUUCCCUAUUUCCCAUCUCCGCUUCUGGGUCCUGCAGAUCAUCUUUGUCUCCACUCCCAGCCUCAUGUACCUGGGCCACAUCCUGCACCUGGUGCAUCUGGAGGAGAAGGCGCAGGAGCAAGUGGCAGCAUGUAGCAGCAAAAGCGCCAGGCGGCUGCGUGCCAGGCAGCCCCAGCUCCCUGGAGGAGACCUGCACAGACAGGUCUGCAUGCGGGGCGUCCUCCUGAGGACAUAUGUCUGCAACAUCGUCUUCAAGGCACUCUUUGAAGUGGGUUUCAUUGUGGGCCAGUACAUCUUGUAUGGGUUCCAGUUGAAGCCCCUUUACACCUGCAGCCGCUGGCCCUGCCCCAACACAGUCAACUGCUACAUCUCCAGGCCCACUGAGAAGACCAUCUUCAUCCUCUUCAUGCUGGGAGUGGCCUGUGUAUCCCUCCUGCUCAACCUGGUAGAGAUCUACUACCUAGGUCUUACCAAGUGCUGGCAACAGCCAGGGCCUGCGCCUUGCAUCCCGCCCAGGGAUGGUGGUCCUGUGGGACCCCACGCCCUUUUCACCCUGCCUGGCAGUAGCAGCCCUCUGGCUGCUGGCAAACCCUCCCACAGGCUGGCACCUCUGGGAAAGACAGGUGCCCAAAUGGAGGCAGCCAGUGGGUCCCAUGGGAAGGUGCGAGUGGCAGACCUGGCAGUGUGA